GGCGGGGAAGGAAGGGGUCUCUGCGGGCAGCUUGGACUAGGGAAAUCUUUGAAAUGGACCAGGUAGCUGGUCAGUUAGCCCACUAGGUGCUCCAGCAAGAGCCUGGAACUGCUGGGGUGCAAGAGACUACUCUGUCAGACCAGGGAGAAGGACUUGGAACAUGGCAUCUCAGGCAGCAGGGAACGGGAACCAGACCUCCUCUGAGGUGACAGAUGACUACAGCAGCUGGUACAUCGAAGAGCCCCCCGGGCGCUCAGAACUUCAGCCAGAAGGGGUGGAGCCCCCCUGCCAACCCAGUGCACCACCUGCCCUGCACCAUGCCUGCCUGGCCUCCUUGUCACUCCUCGUGUUGCUGCUGCUGGCCUUACUAGUGAGGCGUCGCAGGCUCUGGCCAGGCUGUGGUCACCAUAGGCCUGGACUGCCCAGCCCUGUGGAUUUCUUGACUGGGGAUCGACCCUGGGCAGUGCCCACUGCUGUCUUCAUGGUUCUCUUCAGCUCCUUAUGCCUGUUGCUCCCUGAAAAGGACCCGCUGCCUUUCCUGAGCUUUACCUCAGCAUCCAGCCCAGGACCCUGGAAGUUACUGGCCUUGCUCUACUACCCUGCCCUCUACUACCCUCUGGCUGCUUGUGCUACGGCAGGGCACCAAGCUGCAUACUUGCUGGGCACCGUGCUAUCUUGGACUCACUUUGGCAUUCAGGUCUGGCAGAGGGCAGAGUGUCUCCAGGACCCCAAGAUCUACAAGUACUACUCCGUGCUGGCCUCCCUGCCCCUGCUCCUGGGCCUUGGAUUCCUGAGUCUUUGGUACCCGGUGCAGCUGGUACAGAGCAUCCGUCAUCAGACAGGAGCAGCCUCCAAGAUAAAGGGGCUGAAGACCAGCUACUCUGAGGAGUAUCUGAGGAACCUCCUCUGUGGGAAGAGGCCGGACAGUCGCACCUGCCCUGACUCCAAGCAUGGCCUUCUGUCCAGGGCCUGGGCCCGCUUCCAACACUUCAUCUACACUCCACAGCCAGGAUUCCGUCUGCCCUUGAAGUUGGUGAUUUCAGCCACCCUGACAGGAACAGCUACUUACCAGGUGGCCCUGCUGCUGCUGGUGACUGUGGUACCCACUGUGCAGAAGGUGAGGGCAGGGAUCAACACGGAUGUCUCCUACCUGCUGGCCGGCUUUGGGAUCGUGCUCUCUGAGGACAGGCAGGAAGUAGUGGAGCUGGUGAAGCACCAUCUAUGGACAGUGGAAGUGUGCUACAUCUCGGCUCUGGUAUUGUCUUGUUCACUCACCUUCCUGCUCCUGAUCCGCUCACUGAGGACACACAGGGCCAAUCUUCAAGCACUGCACCGAGGGGCUGCCCUGAACCUGGGUCCCCCACUUCAGAGUACUCAUCCCUCCCGUCAGGCCAUAGUCAGCUGGAUGAGCUUCAGUGCAUACCAGACGGCCUUCACCUGCCUUGGACUUCUAGCACAGCAAGUCAUCUUCUUCCUGGGGACAACAGCCCUGGCCUUCCUCGUGUUUGUGCCUGUGUUCCAUGGCAGAAACCUCCUACUCCUCCGAUUUCUGGAGUCCACAUGGCCCUUUUGGCUGACUUUGGCCCUGGCUGUGAUCCUGCAGAAUAUAGCAGCCCACUGGGUCUUCCUGGAGACUCACCAUGGAUACCCAGAGCUGACCAACCGGCGUGUGCUCUGCACAGCCACCUUUCUUCUCUUCCCCAUCAACAUGCUGGUGGGCGCUGUGGUGGCUGUCUGGAGGGUGCUCCUCUACUCCCUCUACAACACUGCUCAUCUGGGCCAGAUGGACCUCAGCCUGUUGCCACAAAGAGCCACCACCCUAGACCCAGGCUACCACACAUACCGAAACUUCCUGAGGAUUGAGUCCAGCCAGUCCCAUCCAGCAGUUACAGCCUUCUGCAUCCUGCUCCUUCAAGUGCCGAGCCCCAGGCCCCAACCCCCACUGGCCCCCCAGGACAGCCUCAGACCAUCAGAAGAAGAAGAAGGGAUGCAGUUACUACAGACCAAGGACCUGAUGGCCAAGGGAGCAGGGCCCAAAAGCAGCCAGAGCAGGGCCCGCUGGGGUUUGGCCUACACUCUGCUGCACAACCCAGCCCUUCAGGCCUUCCGGAAGGCAGCCUUGACCCGUGCCCGGACCAAUGGCGCUCAGUCCUGAGGGUGAGGACAGCCACACUACCCUACUCUUGUGUGCUAAGGCACAUUCCUGCUUAGCGUUCCCCCACCCC